AUGUCGGUGCCGGCGGCCGCCAGCAACCUGCCCAUGCGUCUGCUCCGCAGGAAGAUCCACAAGCGCAACCUGAAGCUGCGGCAGCGCAACCUGAAGCUGCGGGCGGGCGAGGGGGCAGUGCCCUCCCCGGGCCAGGCGGCUUCCCAGGGACCCCCGGAGGAGGAGGAGGAGGAGGAAGCAGCGGCGGCCCCGGAGAUGGAGGAGAGGGCGGAGCCUGCGGACGCUGCCGGACCCGGCGGUGGGGAGAAGGAGAAGAAGAAAAAGAAGAAGAAAAAGAGGAAAGCGGCGGCUGAUGCGGGAGAUGAUACAGAAACCAAAAAAGCAAAAACUGAAGAAGAUGAAUCUGCAGAGGUAGAAAAUGGAGAUAAGCAGAAUUCUGGAAAGAAAGAAGUGGAAGAGGAGGAUGGGGAGGAGGAUGAAGUGCCCAGUUUACCACUAGGUUUAACAGGUGCUUUUGAAGACAAUUCUUUUGCUUCCCUGGCUGGUGCUGUCAGUGAGAAUACAUUGAAAGGCAUAAAUGACAUGGGGUUUACACAUAUGACUGAAAUUCAGCAUAAAAGUAUUAAGCCUCUUCUGGAAGGCAGGGAUAUUUUAGCAGCUGCAAAAACAGGCAGUGGCAAAACACUUGCAUUUCUCAUUCCUGCAGUAGAGCUCAUCUACAAGCUGAAAUUCAUGCCUAGAAAUGGAACGGGUGUCAUUAUUCUUUCUCCUACUCGAGAGCUUGCCAUGCAAACCUAUGGAGUUCUUAAAGAACUCAUGAAUCAUCAUGUUCACACCUAUGGUCUGAUAAUGGGGGGCAGUAACAGAUCAGCAGAAGCACAGAAGCUUGGAAAUGGAAUCAACAUCAUUGUAGCAACACCAGGGAGGCUACUGGAUCAUAUGCAGAACACUCCAGGUUUCAUGUAUAAGAACUUGCAGUGUUUGGUAAUUGACGAGGCAGAUCGAAUCUUGGAGGUUGGAUUUGAAGAAGAAAUGAAACAGAUCAUAAAACUUUUACCAAAGCGCAGACAGACGAUGCUUUUCUCUGCUACACAAACAAGAAAGGUUGAAGAUCUGGCAAAGAUCUCUCUGAAGAAAGAGCCACUGUAUGUUGGUGUUGAUGAUAACAAGGAGACAGCAACAGUAGAUGGUCUUGAACAGGGGUAUGUAGUGUGUCCAUCUGAAAAAAGGUUCCUUUUGCUCUUCACAUUCCUCAAGAAGAACCGGAAGAAGAAACUAAUGGUAUUUUUUUCUUCAUGUAUGUCAGUGAAGUACCACUAUGAAUUACUCAACUAUAUUGAUCUGCCUGUUUUGGCCAUUCAUGGCAAGCAGAAGCAAACCAAACGUACUACAACGUUUUUCCAGUUCUGUAAUGCAGAAUCUGGAAUAUUGCUGUGCACUGAUGUUGCUGCCAGAGGAUUGGAUAUUCCUGAAGUUGACUGGAUUGUCCAGUAUGAUCCUCCAGAUGAUCCAAAGGAAUAUAUUCAUCGUGUUGGUAGAACUGCCAGAGGCAUAAAUGGGAGAGGUCAUGCUCUGCUCAUUUUACGACCUGAAGAACUGGGCUUUCUACGAUACCUAAAACAAGCCAGGGUACCGCUGAGUGAAUUUGAAUUUUCUUGGUCAAAAAUUUCAGACAUCCAGUCUCAGCUGGAAAAACUGAUAGAGAAGAACUAUUUCCUUCACAAGUCAGCCCAGGAGGCAUACAAAGCUUACAUUAGAGCUUAUGACUCCCAUUCUCUGAAACAGAUCUAUAAUGUCAAUAACUUGGAUCUUCCCAAAGUCAGCCUUUCAUUUGGUUUUAAAGUUCCUCCAUUUGUUGACCUCAAUGUGAACAGCAACCAUGGCAGAAGACUUCAGAAAAGAGGUGGAGGUGGAGGAUUUGGUUACCAGAAGUCCAAGAGUGUCCACAAAGCAAAAAUCUUCAAACACAUCAGCAAGAAAUCAGACAAUCGGCAGUUUUCUCGUUAAUCAUCCAGUCAUUAAAAUGGCUGCUGGCAUUGAAAGAGCCCACCUUGAUCAAAACCAUCUGGCAGUUACUUUCAGUUUAAACUGCUCCAUUCACGUGUUUAGGUGGUUUUUUUCCGGGAACAUGUUGUAUUUCUCAGGUCAGGAAGACUCUUUGGAAGGGAGACUAAAGGAUAAAAUGGCCAGCUAAUUUUGCCAUAUUUAAGGAAGAAGCUCAUUUAAUUACUUAAAGUCAAUACUACAGAGGUUUUUAUUAAAGAAAGAAAAAUUACUUUUAGGUUUUAUAGAAGAACUUGCUUUACAUUUACCCUUUUUUCUAUGCACACCUCUGAAAAUUGUUGGAGUGGUCAACAUAAGGACAUUACAACAUGAGAUAAAAAGGCUUUGCUCACAUGAAUCUUUGCAAGGGAUUUUAGUGCUACAGAACUCUGCACUGGCCAUCAAAUAUGCUGAAGAAUAUAGAAAGAUUCCUUUAGAACAGAGUGUAUGGAUGAAUAAUUAAGGCUGUAUGAGCUUGUGAUUAAUUUCAGACAUGGUAUCUUUAUAACAAGUACAGUGUCCAAAAUAAUAAAUCAUCUCUUACACCACUUCUGGGACAUGCAUAAUACUCUUUUAAUGUUGUGAUAUAAUGGUAACAUUCUAGUGCAAUGUUUGGUUUUCCUUUAUGUUCACUUUAAAUCUGAAAUUAUCUACUGUGCUCUCUUAUGAAAUGCAAAAAGAAAUAAGAAAAGCAGGUAACAUAAAUUGUACUUGACCCAGAUUAUGUUUUUUAAGAUACUUCAUAACCUUGAUGCAGAGAAGGUUUGUAGUUGUAUCUUGUAAAUUACAAAAGUGAAUUCCUUUUAAGUCUUAGUAUAUCAGAUCAGUGGUGGGCAAAGGCAAAGGUGCUGCCACAGGACUGAGAGUGGAGAGACUCAAUAAGUGAAAAAAUGAAAUGGGGUAUAGAUAUACUAGAACAGUAUUUUGAAGGAGGAAUAUAAAAGACUGAAGUGGAAGAGGCUGGAAUACACAUUGCAAACAAAGAAAUGUGAAGGGUGCAAAAAGAAUACACAAGUUGGGCAAAAGUAGAGUAACUGUAUUACAUAUUAUUUUCAUCUCUGCUAUUGUAGCAAUAGGUAACUGCUUAUAUGAGACUACAGUGGUGGUGGGCAAGUGUUUAAAAAGUGUUCAUGUGUCAAGACAGGGAAAGACAAAUGUCACAGAAUCCAGAAAUCUGGACCCCAUGUGAUUACAGUAAGCCAGCUUUUAAUUAACAUUUAAAAUGUAACUCGGGACCAGUUACAAAAGCAUAAGCAGUUAUUCCAAUAUAAAUAGGACUGUUGUUUCUUAGGUCUUCUGAAGUAGCAUGUCAGAUUUAAAACUAUGAUAUGAGCAUUGAUGUAUGGCCAAAAAAAAUAAGUGAACUUUAUUUUCAUCCUUAGAAAAAAUAGAUAAUUUGGGGGGGCAGAAAUAAUAUCACCAUUCUGUUGCCAGUGCUUCCACCAUUCAGAACUGAGCAUUGCCUGCUUUUCCAUUUCUGUCUGUAGACUUGGACUUUUCAAAAUUCUUAAUUAACACUGGUCAGAUCUUCAGAGUUUCUGAUACGUCAGAAUAUUUCAGUAGAUUAAUUUUGUCACAUGGAUUUGAAUGUCUUGUGCUUCUAGGGUUGCAUUGAAAUGGCAAAAUCUGCUCUGAAGGGUAAGCAAUGCUAAGAACAUGAUGCCUGUCUCAUUGAGUUCUAAUCUUUGAUUCUGGGGUUUCUUAUAUAUUUAUAAAUAAUAGAUGUUAAAAUAGUUCUCAUGCCUGGUUAUUAGUGGCACAUUUUAGGAGUUAUCUCUGAGACCUACAGCCUCAUACAGUUUAAGGCUUCUGUCUGUAGUUGCCAGCUGUGUAGUCACAGCAUGGGAAUUAACUUACGUUAUAGCAAAAGAAACGCUGAGGGACUCAUUAGAUGAACUGCAAAAUUAAUUACUUGGAAAGAGAUGUAAGCAAAGCUUUAGUAAACCUCUGUGAAGAUCAGAGCAUGGUGAUGUGAGGAAAAGCAGCCUGGCUGUGGUAGUGUGGAAUAUUUGUUUGGAACAGGAAAAAGCUGAAAUGUUGGGCCCAGUCAAUGGCCACCUGUCUGACCAUGUGCUGCAGAGCCAGGACUGGUUGGGCUUGAAAAUGCAUCAAAAUUCCUGCCACUUCCCUGUGUAGGCAAAAGCCUGCACUGUGGAGAACUACUUUUAUCUGUCAGUCAUUUUGGGAACAGCAAGCUGGCUGCUUUCCCAACAGUUUGAAAACCUCUAGCUGCACCUAAUUUUUUCUUUGGAAGAGCUGAGGUACUGUCUGAUACAUGGGAAACACUGACAAAACAGUGCUUUGGCAUGAGCCUGCACAGUUCCUCCCUGGGAUAUUUGGGUUGCAUUUUCUUAUAGACCCUAAUACAAAGAAACCUUUGAACCAACCUUACUUUGGAGAUGAAAAGACUGGAUACUAUUGCUCUAGAGUAAUACUAGCUUACCCUAAAAAAAAAUUUAAACACUAUUACGUAAAUAUUUUAUAUGUUUGAUGGCUGCACAGCCUGUGGUAACUACAUAAUUUGCUCUGAUUUCCUGAUCAAGCAGAAGAGAAAUUCACGAGCUGAGACUAAGUGGGAAUUAAAAGAGAAAGGGCUUCAGCUUCCUGGCUUGUGCAGAUGCAAUUACCUUUGGCUUUGUUUAUGAAAUCAGAAAUGACAAGUAGUUUCUGAUGAAAUAUCAUGUAUGGGGCAGCAUCUGUUCUACUGUGGGGUAUUGCAAGAAGUGUAAAACAUAGUCAAACUGAUUGGAAAUCCAGCAUUUCCUUUGCAACUUCCCCUGUUAUCAAUCUUGUGAGCAGUUAAUAGACCUCAGCCCUCAGACUCUCAAGGCUUGUCUCAUAACAGUGACCGAUAGGUUGGGGACUAAUAUUGUGUGCCUUGAGAAAUUGCCUCCUUUCUCUGAGAACCUUGACAAAGAAAUUGGACUCUUUAAACCACUUAAGGGGAUCAUCAAAACUGUCCUGCUUGAACUCAAAGAUUUUUUUGACAGUUCUUGGAACAGGCCCAUAAAGGAGAAUUCCAUUGCUGAGCUACUGUUCAUAAUCAUGAAAGAUCUUGCCAUGAUACAAGUUUCCUUUGCCAUAACAAGUUAUAGACAAGCACAAGACCAGCCAGAAAGUGUUGCCAUCAAAUUUUUCAGGGUGAAUGUCACAGGUAGAGGACACUUUUAUUGACGGUGUAGAGCAAGAAUGCUUGAGAACUGGGUAAGAUAUUAUCUACUGAGGUCUGCUGUAAAUAAAAAGUAUGUUUAUGUUUUGGCAAUAA